CUUUCGAACUGAGCAUUUUUGCUUCGAAUCUCCAUUAGACUACAAUGUUAUCAGCUCUAAGCAAACAAGAUAGUAUAGUAUCCAUGUGUUUAGAGUCUGAAAUGAACUUCUAAAUUACUUUACGAUGACAGCGUGCAAUUUGUUGAGAUUUAUAUUUUUAAAUUAUAUUCUAUCAUAAUUUUAUUUAUGUGAGGAAUCUGUGGAUAUCUGAUUGAUUUGUAUAACAUGGCUGAUGAACUUCAAUCCACAAUCUCAAGUAAUUUGAAGCAGGUAUUGGUGAGUUUGAUAUCGAGUUUAGGUAUGCUGCAGACUGGAAUGGUGCUCGGCUAUCCUGCGGUGAUGCUACCUGCCAUAAUAGAUAGAGGAGGCAACAACAGUACUUUCUCGGUGAAUAGCAAUCAAGCUUCUUGGAUUGCAAGCCUCUCUUCGAUCUCCACCCCGAUUGGAUGUCUCAUUUGCGGACCAAUGAUUGAUGGAUGGGGUCGAGCCACAACUAUAAAGAUCAUCAACGUCCCUUUCAUUCUGGGAUGGAUUCUCAUUGCUCUCUAUCAGGAACUGAUUCUUAUUUACAUAGGCCGAAUUAUUUGUGGAAUAGCAAUAGGUCUCAGUUCAAUUCCUUCAGCAGUCUACAUAACCGAAAUAACUAGCAAGAGCAUGCGUGGAGCGCUCACUAUCAUAGGAUCGCUCGAAAUAUCUGCUGGAAUCAUAAUCAUCUAUCUUCUUGGAAUGUUCUUCAACGAUGAUUACCAAUACCUGGCUUGGUUGUCUGCUGGGGUUUCAAUUUCCUCUACUCUUCUGACUCUCUGUUUCUUACCCGAGUCUCCAAUUUGGCUGCUCAAUAGAAAAAAGAAAUUGCAGGCCAAAAAGACUUUGAUGGAAGAUCAGCAUGCUUCCGACCCCAGUAUAGCCCGGAGCGAGAUUGAAACUUUGGCGCCCUCCACUUCUCAAGAGAAUACCUCACACACCAAAUGGAGCAGGACUAUUGUUCAGCUCCGAAGGCCACAGAGCUACAAGCCUCUUAUCAUCAUGAACUUGUUCUUCCUAUUUCAACAAUUUUCUGGGAUAAUGGCUGUAAUCGUAUAUGCACCGAACUUUGCCAAAGAUGCUGGUAUAACAGGACACAUACAACUUGUUGCUUUGAGCAUAGCUGUUGUGAGAAUGUUUUCCAUAUUGAUAGCAGCCUGGGCUUCAAGGAAGUUUGGCAGACGAAAACCAGCUAUCUUUUCAGGGAUUGGAAUGACAAUAUUCCUUUCAAUGUUGACCUUAAACAUAUAUAUUCAAGGCAUUGCACACUCGUCUGAUACUGGUGAAAUAGCCUGGCUACCAGUAACCUGCCUUCUGCUCUACAUCUUCACCAGCUGUGUUGGGUUCGCAACACUACCAUGGUCCAUGAUAGGAGAGGUCUUCCCAACAGAGAUAAGGGGGGUAGCAAGCGGAUUUACAGCAUGUAUGGCUUAUGUGUACAGCUUCUUAUCUAUCAAAUUUUAUCCAGAUAUGGAAGAACAACUGGGAGAAGGAGGAAUAUUUUUGUUCUAUUUCAUCGCUGCUACUUUAGGAACAGUUUUUGUCAUCUUAUUCCUUCCUGAAACUCAGGGUAAAACUUUAGAUGAAAUCGGAAAUGAUUUCGCCAAAACAAAUGGUUAGUGAAUGGAAGUGAGUAAAAAAGUUACAGGAAACCUUUUAAAAAUGAUCGCGAUUGAUUUUAGAUAUAACAUUGAUGUCUAUUUGAUCAUGCAUUUCUUUUAUUUCAAUAAACUUACGAAUAGAGUUGAUAGCCAUCUCUUAAUAUACUUCAGCAUUUUCUGUAAGAGUGUAUAGUACCUAUUAUAAAACAGUGUUCAUCUAUACAGUA